AUGUCUGACCCUGAGGCUGCAUCAUCUAAUCCGGAUAUCCGGGAUGAUAUCACUGGCUACUCGAAAAGCAAACAACCUGAAAAUCAACCAGAACCUGGGCCCAAGGUUAAAGGGCGUCCGAAAACCUCGAUAAAACUCCAAGAGCUGAAAGCCAAAGAUCUUGUCGCACUAAAAGAAGAGGAUCUUGAACAGGUCAUCAAGGCAUGUGACAAAGACCACCAGCCCUUGCUUCGCGAUCAUGUUCGAAUAGCCAAGGCCUACGGCGAGCUUCUGAUCGAGAAAUGGAGAAAGACCAACCCGAGAUUCUUCCACCGAAGCACCACGCAGCUCAACAUGAGAGGACAGCGGAAAAUUGGUCCCAAGGAAGUCAAGCUCCUAUUGGACAAAUUCUCGAUUUCUCUCAAGCAGAUGAAGGAAGAACUCGACACCUUGAAUCGUGAUCGUACGGAACCCGUCGAGGCAGAUGAGGAGACGAGGAUGCGGCACGACUUGACGGAACGCCUGACGGAGCUCUUAUCAACGCUCACUGAGGAUAUGAAGGAGCUGCAGGACACGGACGUCAAGCAUAACAAGAUCCGCUGGAAGCAAGAAUGGAAGCUCUUCAUUUUCUUCUUCAGCUUGCUGUCGGGUAUAACCAGUUUUUAUGUCGCGUCCCGCUAUGGCACCGCCAGGUCUGGCCAAUGUGCAAAUUCCGUCGCUGCAGCCAAUGAUGUUGUGCUUUCCUUGAACAACUAUGAGCCAGAAAUGCUUUCUCUCGUGUACAAGGCGGUGGAAGCUAGGAAGAACCAGCAGGUUGUUGUGGAGAAUGCGGAAGACGCUUCUACGGAGCGGCCAGGCGACUUGUAG